UUGCAGUCAAGCAUUUAUUCAAUGAAAGGAAGUAUGUUAUACCGCUAUAAACUUGUUUAAACUUGUUAAAAUUUUGGCAGUGUUUGGAUAUUUAUACACAGUGACACAGAUAAGCCAUGGCUGUCCCUGGUAAAAAAGUACGGCAGCAAUUUUCUUCAACCCUGUCUCAAGGUUCUGGAGAAGAUUUUGAAGUUUUCUGUCAGCCAUGCGACAGAGAUGACCUCAGGCUACCUGCCGCUGGGUACUGUAUAGAUUGUGAAGAGCACCUGUGUGACUCGUGCUUUAACACCCACAGAAGACCAAAACCACUUCGACAUCAUAAACUUCUAGAUAAAGACAACAUGCCACACACUCAAAAUCUGUCUACAAUGUCUAGUUCUACUGAUGCUGGACAGCCAGAUAAUACAUCUCCUUGCUCUAAACACACAAGUCCUCCUUCAACUCCAGCUUUAAAAUCAAGGACAAUUUCACAUCAUAAAAACUUAUGUGUCAAGACAUCAUCAGAUAAAAUAGAUUGUUACAUAACCAGAAUUGCAGCUUCUUUUCCAAACCAAGUAUUUCUAGCGGAUUAUAACAAUUACUCAAUUAAAAUGGUAGACAUUAAUAGUGAAGCUAUUCAACAACUGAGCCUAGAUUCAUAUCCCUGGGAUAUUACCACAACCACCAGAGAUGAACUUGCGGUAACAAUGCCAGGUAACCACACAAUACAGUUGAUAUCCUACUCCUCAAACAGACUCUCUAAGAAAAACACACUUAAAGUAGAUGGAUUGUGUUAUGGUAUCAGUAACUGCCAGGGAAAAUUUGCAGUAACAUUUCAGAGACCUGCAAAACUGCAAAUCAUCGACUUGAAAGGCACUGUACUAACAACAGUCAUAACAAACUCAAAUGGUGAAAAUAUUUUCAGUUACCCAGAAUAUGUUACCACAAACAGCAAUGCUAUCUAUAUAUCUGACUAUGCAAUGCAGGCAGUUAUCUGGUUAAACUGGCAAGGAGAACUAAUGGGUAGUUAUGGAGGGAUGGGAGCUCCACAAGGUAUUGCCAUGAUAGAUGACGGAUCAUUCUAUGUGAGUGAUUUACGAAAAGACAAAUGUAAUAUACUCAAUGUAACUGGUGACUGUAAAGAGAGUGCAACUAUAUUGAAGGACUUAAAUAAUCCAAUGGCUAUUUGCUGGUGUGAUGUUACCAAAACAUUUUAUGUCAGUAACCACAGUGAUGAUAAAAAAGAAAUGAACUUCAUUCAAAUCUACAAGAUGUCAUAACACAGAGAACUGAUUUGCUUCUGAUGUAGAAUCAAAGUGCAAAGAACAUCAAAAUAAUGUAAAAGUUAUUUUUAGAUAAUUAUCAUACCCUUAUAAUCACACAUGAAAAAGCAACAAGCUUGGACUCAACUACCGAAAUAAUUUGCUGACCAGUGAGUUUAUCCAACUGACUUCAGUGUACACAAUUUCAUGAAGGUGCACAUAUCGAGUCAGUUCAUUUAUUUUUUCCUCUCCAAUUUUUACAUGUUUAAAAAAUAUCCAAAAGGUUUUAACCCUUAUCAUGCAUGAAACAUGCGACCACUGCACUGUUCGCCAUUCAGUCAGUAUCAUUUUAGUAAGCACCCCUUUUAACAGUUAAUGGUACUGUUCAGCUUGAAAUAUGGCCAAGUUCAUUAUAGAAGUUUCUACGAUCAUUACUACGUUUGACUACGAUUAUCUACGUGUAACUACGCUUAGUUCGAUCAACUACGACCAACUACGAUCCCUCCUUACUACGAUUAACUACGUGUAGUGUGACCACGCCAUUAAACUAAUGGUAUGUGUUUUAAACGCGACACAUUUUCGUGGUGUUUGAUGAAGUUGUGUGCCAACUUAACUGGAAUAUCCAUGUAUGCAUAAGAAGGUUACAGAGUGUAUUAAAUCUUUGACGCCAAAGUGUGCCCUUGAUCCUUAAGCUGCUGGUCUUGACUUUGCACGGAGCACAUUGCCCUGGUUAAGGCGUGUGCCAAAUUAUUUGCAUAAACAGUAAUACAAUUGAAAAGGAAAAUGAGUUAUAUUUUAUUAUUCUGAUUCUGUGUGACCUUGACCUUUACGUAAGGGGUCUUGCACGUGACAUGAAGACACAUUGGCUACUUAUGCUGAAAGCGUGCAAGUAAUUUUGAUAUCCCUGCAUGCAAAUAGUUAUGUCAUUCAACAGGCUGUGUGUACUUUUUCAACUUAUUUUUUGCCAUUUUGAUUUAUAUGUUAAUAUGUAUAGAGUUCAAACAGGCUAAUGGUACACUAAAUCUUACUCUUAAUACCGGAAACUUUCAACGUUACCGGAUAGUGUUACAAAAGUGAUACCCAGUAGGGGAAUCCUGAACCAUACGUACAUGAUAUUUGAAUACAGAAAUAAAAAAUUAAUGUGGCAUAUAUGUAAAGUGAUAGCUUUAUGAACCAUAGACAUAUGCAUGCGUUGGCUUUGCAGAAGGCGGAAAAAAGAAACAUCCUUAUUGUUAAAAUACCAUUCAAUAUAUUAUGCAUUUUAAAUCACUGUAAAAACACAGUAACUAACUGAUAUCAAAAGAUGCAAGUAUGAGGUGUUUUGUUUGUCCAAGAAGACUGAAUAUUUGCUUUGUGGUAAAACAUUUACUGAUAUAUUAUUGUUGAUAUGCUUUAAUUUAGUAAUAAAAAGUAUGCUUUC